GUGUGCGGGAAAGGCGAACGUUGGAGCAAGGUCCUCUUUUCAAAUGAGUAAAUGUUCAACUGCUCGAGGAAAGUUAACAGACUGAGUGUAACUUUCGCUACAAAACGGAGAAAUUCGGCGUUCACUGGCGUUUGCUCGAUAUUCCGCUGUCAGAGGCAAACAUGUGAGUAUUUAAACGUUUUUGUUGAUAACGUGAAUUUCACGUGCGCUGUCCUCAGCUUUCACACAAGGCUGCUCCUGAACGGAAACCUCGAGUUUUUAUGCUAACGUUUUGCUCUGUUGUGGUGUAUUAAUGGGGUCUUGGUGAACUUUGGUCCCUGCAAAUGCUGUACUGAUAACUAAUAUGUCUGCUCUUGAAGGAAGUCCACAAAGAAGGCCUUUGGAGAUGAGCUUUUGUUGUUUUCCUGUUUACUACAGUACAGAUGGGCUCGGUUGACAUCUUGCAGCCUUAUGGUCUUUAGAUGUCUUUUGUGGAAAUGUCAUGUUUGAACCGAACACUUAACUGUUGGAAAGGCUUGAAAUCGUUUGAAAGUUGUCAUAAUAGACCCAAUUUGAAGGCGUUUUCUCUUUAUCUUCACACCAGCAGAGACAGAAGCUGGAGACUUUUAUCUCUCUUUUCAGGGGCGUGUCAGGCCUUCCGGACUAGGGUGGCCCACUAGUCUCCAGGGUCCUCAUGUAUCAACCGUGUAAACCAGGGGUAGGCAAUCAUGUGCCAUGGAGGGCCGAGAGGCUGCAGGUUUUCUUUCCAACCCAAAACUCCACCAGGUGAUUGCACUCCUUACCUUACCUUACCUUACCUCCAAGCAGAGCUCCUUACCUCCAAGCAGAGGGCAGGGACUAAUCAGUGAAAUCACCUGGUGGAGUUUUGGGUUGGAAAGAAAACCUGCAGCCUCUCGGCCCUCCAUGGCACAUGGUUGCCCACCCCUGGUGUAAACGCAAAGUUGUGUGCGUAAUGAAUGCGUACGAUCAUUCCCACACAAAGUAUGGAAUUUAUCAACCUGUAAAUUUGGACACAACUCUGACCAUGCUUACACAUAAAAUCUAGUGGUACAUUAGUGAAAACUACAAAUAGAACUCAAAAUAAAACGAGGAUUUCACGCUAUUGCUGGAUUGCCUAACACAAUUGGAGCCAUAGAUUGCACCCACAUCACAAUUAAAGCAUCUUUUUACUUUUUUACAAUGGCCUAAAAUAGAAAAACUAAUGAAGUCCAUAGACCUUUUUUUUAAUGUAGUUGAUGGCCUCGACAAACUCGACAAAUACAGGAUCAUAUUUGGCAUUCCCUCAAAGUCCACCAUCCCUUGUGGAGUAUUUAUAUGAAUACAUACAUUUCCUCUGAGGUUAGCUCACAAUUUUGGCAGACCUGUCCGUCUGCCUCUGGAGUAGAUAUAUCGAGUAUUUUUCUACAAUCUAAACAUGAAAUGCAAAGAAAGCUACUAGCUGCCUUUUUCACCACAGCCUAAAUAUUUGAUCACAUGUGAUAAGUAUAAAUACAAGUCAGACAAGAUUUUAACUUGUGCUUGUGGGCCUUUUUCACCUGCAAAACAUAUUAAAUUGGCAGCCUGUACUUGGUCCCCUUCGAUCAAGAUGUCACCUCUUCUACCUAAGAGACACUUGACAUUAGUCUGAGCUCCAAAGACGUCAAAAUAUCCCACAUUUGAUUAAAAAGCCUCUAGGAAAAGUCUGGAAAGUUAAUCACAGAGCUGUUUUUUCCUUUCCCCCUUUCCUUUUAAUCUUCUUAGGACUCCUCAGAUUUAGGUCUAUCUCGUGACCUUUUGGAGGGACUUGUAUGCCAGUAGAAGCCAUUUUCUUCAGAACUAGUACUUAAAAAUGUUGCUGGUUUUGUUCCCCAUAAUACGGUACUUCAUAUAGCUAAUACUUUUAUGUGUGUUGUGGAUAUGGUUUUUCUCCUAAUAAUGGAUUCUGCUUUUCUGUACCUGCAUGGAGAACACUGAAUCAGAGGUCUUAUCUUAUCUAACCAGAGUGUGAACUGUGCUAUAGUUGACUCUGGCAGAGGGUUCAGCCUCCUUAUGUCGCUGCCAUUAUUUGGGUUUAUCUAAGAGAGUGUAGGGGCUGUUGUCCAGCAGGUGGCGCCUAUCCCAAGACCUCUGAUGCUCUUUUAGGUCAAGAAUUAAGAGCCCUUAAUGAAAAUCACUGUAUAUCACACAGUGUUUUCGAUCAAAUUGCAUAAGAUGGACAUUCUCAUAAUAUUGUCCAUGUUGAAACAUAUAGAGAUGGUAAUUUGUAAAAGCCCAACUAUUUUCUCAUCUGUUUCAUCAGCCAAAUUCCACCUAUUAGUAUAAUGUUGCCCAGGAGGAGAGCGAAAGUUGCAGGAAAAAUCCUGCACACUGUCAUAUUGCAAGAAUAAGCUGAUGCGUUGUUGUUUUCAGAUGGUGUGAAGGAGUUUGCACGCAACUUUUGAUCCCUGAAGACAAGAAAUGAUCCAAUAUUGACGUUUUUGUUUGAUGUAGUAUCCAGCUCGGAACAGAUAUAGUGGAUAUUUUUUAAUUUUGCAAAACACUAAAGUCUUAAAUUAGCAUUGUUUCAGAGACACUUUAAUCUGCAACAAUUCUAAUGAGAUGUUUCUCACAGUCUUUGGUUUGUUUGCAGUGAGGAAACUGAAUAUUUUAGGUCUUUUUUCCCUCAAGUCUUCUACGAAAACUGCUAAGAGCUUAAAUAAAUGCAUAUUUUGUAAAUGUUUUGUACUAGAGUGUUAAGGAACAUUUCCUCAAAGCUCUGGACACAUUGCAUUUGCAGAAGUAGAUGUAUGCUGCCAUAGUUUUCAGUAUUCUAGUUAGUUUUAUAAACAGUCUGUGUUCUUGCUUUGGUUCAUGCUGUGCAGGUGUAAAUCGAUCAUCUGCAGGUUGAAAUUUGUCUCUGGUUCUUGUGGUGGCUUACUGGGACCUACAGCUGACGGUUGAGUUGUCCUUUAGGGGUUUUCAUGCCGUAACAAUAGUAUGAUCCUGUGCCUGCAUGGGGCUCCAGCAGCAGCAGUCCGGUUCAUGCCUUUGCGGCACUGCUGCCCUCCUCCAAUAGAUUUAAAGAGUGCGCCCUGGCCGACAAUAGAGGGCCGGCCUGCGAGUGGGAGGAUCAGCUCGGCGCCUGCGAUCCUUCUGGCUUUGUUACGCCCGGGAAGCCAUUUUGGAAAUCUGCUUGUUGUGCACUAGCAUAUCACUCAGAAGCUACUUGCAAACUUUUGUGCUUUCCUGCAGGAUAAAAAAUACCAUCAGGGGGCUGUGUGUCCGCAGUGAUACUCAUCCUCAGACUUCCCUUUUGCAGGGAUGCUGGUAGAAGUUUGCGCAUCUUUACUGAUCGUAAUGUUUGGAUAUUUUCCCUUUGGAUUACGCUCUUGAAGAAUAAUAACAUCCAUGGACUACAACCACGCGGGCAAGUUGGCAUGAUAAACUGCACCAUUUGCGUUCGCUGUUGCGUUUGUCUUGUGUGAAUGCGUCUAUCCGUCAGAUAGCUACAUAUUUAUUUUGUCCUUGCUGGGCUCCUUUACACUAAAAAACGCCAUUUCAGGCCCUAUUUUCGAGUGCGAUUUCUGCCUAACUGUGUAAAACGUUUCUGUUCUGUAAAAUUGUGUAUUUGACAGCGAAAAGGGGUUAAAAAACACGCUCGAUAAUAAUGAAAAAGCGCGUCGACGCACAAGCCUGUAAGUCAACGCUUUCUGGAGUGACGGCGUUGUCUAAAUUCAUGGCGUCUAAAUUUAGCAAGGGGCAAUAUGAGAAUGUUACAAGGCUUAUAUUUCAUCUGGUCUAACAUAUCUGCAGUUGUUAUUGAACUCAGCUAUGGGAUUUAAACGGCACCAGUAGGUGGACUAGUCACUGCACUUUGCGUCUUCGUCGCAGGUGGUUUGCGUAAAGGAGCCAGCAAAACAGACGUGUGAUGACAAAUACAGCAGCCAACUGUGAAGCAUUUCACAAAAUAGCUUGUUGUGAUUGUAGUUUUGAGGUUUGGUGAUGCUAGAUUAGCCUGUUUUUGUUGAACCUGUCUCCUCAAUAAUGAGCUCAAGGAUGAAAUGUCUUUUAUAUUUCAAUGAGGUAAAAGCUGCAGAGCAGAAGAGCACCUGCAGCAGGUCUGUACGUGGUCCGUGUUUGAUUUUCAGAGACCACAUCCAGCUCUUAAAUCACAAUUCAUUGCCAAAGUUGUCAAAUAAAGAAAAUAAUCCUGUCUGAAUCAAAGUAGUUCUCUUGGCUUGUGGAUGUUUGUUUCUGUUUAUCCCUCUUUACAGCUUUGGGACUCAGAUGGGGAUUUGAAUCAUGAUUAAGAUUAUGGGUGAAGGUUUGAUGGUGGAUUUCCUGAAAGCCAUCUGUUUUAUUUGCUGCCCCAUCUUUGCUUUAUCUGCCAGUUUAAUCAAACUCUAGUUUCAAUAGAAGUUCCCUCAUUGGCCAGGACGUAGGAGGAGGUUUUGACCUCAUGGUUAUGUUUUAGCCCAUAGGUGGUUAAGCUCAAUUUGAGGAAGGAUGCUACAUGAGUUAAUUCUUUUUCAAUACAACAGCAAGGCAAAGGCUAGCCUUUAUGCUAACCAGAUGUGUGCUUUAAUGCAGUGUUGUUUUCGUCAACGUCAACUCUGUUCAUCGUCCACAACGUUUUAGUCUAGUCUCAUCAACGUAAACAAACAUUUGUCUCGUCACAUUCUAAUCAUCUAAGACUUAUGUUUAGCUCAUCAACGUCACGCUGUCUGAAAUAAGAAGAGAACCUGAUGGUUUGUCAAUUAUAUUAAACACAUAUUUGAUUAAAAAUAAAAUGAAAGCUCAUUUUAAAUUUGUUGCUAGUUGGGUCAGAGCCAUGUUGUGUUCAUAGACUGUAUAUAGAAUGGACAGCGUCUACCCAGAAGACAAGUACUGACGUUUUCAAAGUUGAAAAUGCAGGAUUAUUAUUAUUAUUAUCUGUUAUUAUUGUUGUUGUUGUAUGGAUAGGGUGACAGACUGGGUUCCCAGAACAUGGUCCUGGAAGUGAUUCCUUUUGGCCCACACAGUGACCUCCACUGCAGAGUCAUGUCCAUUUUUAAUGCAGUUGAACCUGUAGGGCUUGAAAAUCCUGGCCAUACAUUACUAGUUUUCAGAUAUCAUGCAUCAAUAGUCAGUAAAACCCUCAAAUUCUUUCCUCUCUGGAUCAUUAUUGUGAAAUUGCUGAACCAUUUCCUCAACCAGUCUUUCACAAAGUGGUGAACUUCUUUCCAUUUUAUCUUCUUAGUGAUACAAUCUCUCUAUUAUGCACUGAUAUACCCGGUCAUGCUACUUAUACAUGGUAACAUGACAGCUACAAAAAGCAUUUUAUUGUCCCUCUUCCAACUGUUUUGACGACAUGUUGCUAUCAUCAAAUUUAAAAUGAGCAGAACUUUUAAAAUUAAAGAAGUUAAAUCUUAUUUGUGUGGUCAUUAACUGAAUUUAGACUCUGAAUGAUUUGUAAGCCAUAAAAAAAAACAUCAAUUUUAAAUUACUACAGGUGAAUCAGCACUUCUCAUAGCAAUAUUACAGUAUGUGUAUUAACCUGCAGGGGAAACUCAUAAGCUGGCAUCUGAGAGUGUUAUGGUAACAGCACUCAAACAGGGAGGUUUCACGGAGGAGCUCUACCCUCAGAGUAGUCGUUUCCCGCCCAUUGCCUGAAAGGGAGCCCCACCCCUUGCUGUUGUACUUGGUUUCAUAAUACUGCUCUCUCAGUGCGUGGAGCUUAUCCGAGGAGUCACCGAAGGAAUAGCUGUCCUAAAGAGGAGUCUGCUUUAUACAACGUGAGAGAAGAGCGCCGUUCUCCCUGUCCUGUCUCCACCAGCCGUCCCUGUCUGUUUGCCGACCAGAGGAGAAGAGACAAGUCAUUCAUUACAGCUUCUCUGGCGUCUGUACCCUCCGUCAGCAACCAGCCAGAGCCAACAUGCAGGAAGAGGUCGGCCAACUCUUGUCCACAGUAGCAUUGUUGUGUUCCAGGGGAAGGGGAAUGUCCGGCAGCUCUCAUUAGGGCCUGCCUGCGCUGGGCUUUCUGACGUUGUUGUACAGCGUAGCAGUAACUGGUGGUUGGGUUUACUUGGAGAUCAGCCCAGUGAAUAGCGCAAGAAUUUAUUUAGUGCAGGGCAAGGAAUUUGCCAGUGCUGUUUUGUAUUUAAUAUGUAGAUGCAGGCCGGAAACUGUUUUAAAAAUAAGACUACACAUUGCCAGAACUUGAGCUCAUUAGCAGGACUAAUUUGUCUGCAGGAGACAGGCUGAACAAGGCAGUGCAUGCGUUGUAGUGAUUUUGUGUGUGUGUAUGUGUGUGUCUAAGUUUGUGCUUGUCAUCCUCCGUCCACCAUGUCAGCCUUGGCUAAAUAUCCCUAUCCCUUGCGUCCUGACUCUUGCAGUCUAAACAAAGAAGAAUGAACAUGGAUUUUUCUCAACUGCACACAUAUACGCCGCCUCAGUGUGCUCCGGAGAACACCGGCUAUACCUACUCUCUCAGGUGAGACCUCGGUGCUGGGCUGUACUGGGCAAGGCUGCAUGCUAGACAGUCAGAGCUAUGGCAUUUCAGUUACACCCUGCCUGUCAUUUGGUAAUCCUUACAGCUUGAAGUAUCUACCCAGUAUGAAGCUGGGUGUCUAAAGAUUGAAGUAAUGCCAGUCAGAGACUCAGAUUUCCAUUUAUUUGUUCUUUCUUUCAUUUUUUCUUCAACAGUAUUGGGCGCCACCGAUCUUGAGUCUGAUAUGAUAACCUUUUAAAAUUGUUUAUUCGUCAUUAGGGCUGUGUUUUUAACGGAAAGGUUUCCAGGAAGCUCAAUGGAGUUAUACAUACACAGUUAUAACACAAUACUGAACUACAUCCACUUCUUGUUUCUAACCUAAAGAGGGUUUUUUGAGUCAGUUACUCUGACUUUCUAAAAAAAAAAAUCUUGUGGUUGCGGCUUUGAUGACUCAGCCUCAUGAUUCAGUUGGUGUGUGUUUAAGUUGUUAGUGGGGAGUGGGGACCGAUGCAGGGUAAAAACAUAGAGCGAUUUUUUUUCUCUGUGUACUAGUAUUAGGAUAAAGGCGCUAUCUCCAGUUUAAAAUACUCCCAGCUCAUUCGAUGGUGCUCCUCAUCCAUCCAUUGUCUCUCAGGAUACCUGUCAUAGAUGAAACCGAAGGUGUGGUCAAACACUUACCAAGGAAUGUCUGUGCAUGUGCAGGAAUGUUGUUGCCUUCACUUCUGUCACAUUUGAUGUCGGAAACUCUCAGAAUGGAGGAGAGAGGCUCUGGGGUGUGUGGGUCAGGAAUUUAAAUAUCACCUUGCCGUGUACUUAACUCACUUUCUGACUUUAGAGUCAGGAAGAGUUAUUGCUUUAGCCCCUGCGGUCAUCUAGGCGGGAGUUUGUAAAUGUCUUGUAAGGCAAAAAUCAGGUUUAAACAAGGAUCUCUCAUUAUGUAUACAGCUGUACCUUGAAAUGCAGAGUGAACUUUUUAAACGGCAGACAAUAGACGUCCUUUUUCACCCCUAUGAACAAGCUCAGGCAGGUUUUGUGUAAUUGUAAGACAAAUAUGAGACCGUUGCUUUUAUAUUUAAUGUCAGCAGCUCGUAUAGUUUUAUAAGUUGGAAAGAGUUGUUGGGAAUUUGCCCAUGAGCUGUUUUACUUUGCAGAUGCUGAUGAGCAGGUAUCCUGUUGCAGCACCAGAACUUGAAUAGCAACAAAAGCCAAACAACCCCCCCUCCCCAACAUCCUCAUGAUUUCAAUUCAGCUUUGCAGCACAGAAAGCACACUCCAGUAAUCUGAAAUCUCAUGAUUACGAGUCCCAUGAGUCUCACAAUAGACCGAAGCCAAGAAAUAUGAUGAUGAAUGUACAAGAGCGUGUUUGACAUGCCGCGGGAAUCUACCAGGUAGACUGAAGGGUGGAACAAGCUAAUCGUGUUCCUUUGAAUGCAGUCAGCUGAGAAGCUAUUAAUGAACCUCACAGGCACAACCAGAGCCCUGAUCCCAGGAUUACACUAAUAGUUUAUGCUCUUGACCAGCUAGUUGAGAGAUCUGUGGUUUUUAUUAGCCUGUGUGUCCUGCAGCUUAGUAGCUGUUGAUUUUCAGCUCUCCUGAGAAAUAAACCUGUUGUCUAACAAGAGUGCGAGCAUAAUUUUGAUAUGAUUUCAAACUAAAUUUUAAAUUCUAGCAAUCAUAAAACUUGAAAAGAUAAGAACCUUUAUCUUAUAUAUGUUGCAUGUCAAUAAAAUAUAUGACAUAAACUUAAAAUGUUGGUUUUCACAGAGAGUGAAAAGUUAAAUAAAUGCACGAUCCAGGGCUCGACAGUGCGACUGUGUCACUCGCAUUUGCGACUAAAAAAAAAGUUAGUUUUAGGUUGGAUAUUCAACAGACGUUCACUGCCGAUCUACUGGUCUCUUCUCACUCUCCAUAAUCAGGAAUAGCAACAGCAGCGCGUUUAAAUCUACUCGGCAUCCUCGCUGUCAACAUCGGGUGUUGAAUAAGGGACCAUCAAUAAAUAACCAGUUGAUUUUCUCGAAAAAGGCUGUUUACCCUCAAUAGCUUCCAUGUCAUGUGACAAUUGACCUAAAAUUGAUUUCAAAUAAUAGUACUUAUGCACUUAUACACAUUAUUUGAUCAACUUAGAAGCACAUGUGCUCCUUGUGAAAACAGUUAGUGUCAAGCCCUGUGAUGUUUCUUAAACUUUGACUGUGCACAAGUAGCAUCGUAGCUCCUCCCAUCGUAGAACAAAAUAAUGCUGGCAUAUUGCUCCCAUUGGCUUAAUUGAAUUACAAACAUAACUUUAUUUCAGCCUACUGUAGGAGGUGAAGCCAAACAACCUCUAUAGGCGCUGAUGUAUUACAGUGAUUUAGCAAAGUCAAGUGCAGGAGGCAGCUAGAGCAGCAGGACUCGCGUCUCUCUCUUUAUCCUGACCAAAACACUCCUUUGACUCACCCCACAAAGCCCUGAGGUCCUGAGUGGAUUUGAAACAGUCAGUGUGUAAAAAAAAUAUAUAUAUAUAUAUAUAGAAACUUCUCAGGGAAAUGAGCACUUGGUAGGGAUGGGCAAUAUGGGUUAAAAAACUUAUCACGCUAAGAUUUGCUAUUCUGGCGAUAACGAUAAAAGUCCCGAUAAAGAUAUUAUAAUUUGAGUCUAUAUUUUUAGUUCAUUUUGUCUUGAGAACACCAGUUGGAGUCGUCAAAUAAGGUACUUAACCACAAGUUUGAGUGGUAGGUUAUGGAGAAAACUAAUGACAUCAAAAAGUCUCAAAUGUGAAAACACUUUCAACAUUUGUUGAAACAGAGUGAACAGCAGCAGACCCACUGUCUGACGUCAAGCAUACCUGAUUCUUUGAAGGAAAUCCCUCAUGUGGAGCCUCGUUCAGUAACAAGCUGCUCAGAAACAUCUUCUUCAUCACCUUCGGCCAUGUUUGUUUGUUAUUCUGCUCUGUGUGGGCUACGUCUGCGCUCACACUUGGGUCAUUAACUUGCAUUUAUCUCACUUAUCACGAGAUGACAAAUGUUUAUCGUGGAGGAUUUUUCUGAUGAUAUAUUAUGAACGAUAAUUUAUCGCCCAUCCCCAGUACUCAGCAUGAUAAGAACGGGCUGUAACAGCAGAAACCAUGGUUGAUGAAAAUGUACUCAUUGUUUGUUUUAAUUGAAUACUUUAUGUUACAUCCCUUAACAUAAUGGAGGUUGACUAAUAAUGAAAAACUGCAGUCAGUCACAGGGGGGAGCUCUAAGUCAUUUGGUUUCACUCAGUACGUUUGCAUUUAUACUCAUGUUAUCUGUCUGUGUUCAAAAUUCAGUCAUUAACUGUGAUCAGCAUGAGUUUAAACAAAAUAAUUAGCAGUUAUUAGGCUACUUAAGUGUUAGCUUUAGUGUAUACCGUCUCCAUCUGAGCCUCGUAUUUGAGCAGCCGGACUAACUUUAGAAAUAUCAACCUGUCUGAAAGCCUGACAGCUGAUUAUGUUCAGACUCUGGUGAGUGUCUGUCUGCACGUGUCUACGACCUACAGUGAGCACUCUGUGAGCAGAGCAGAGAGGGGACGGGUCAGGUGACAGAAGCCGUUGGCCCAUCUGUUGUCAGAACUCAAAAGAGCAGUGACAAGUUUUGUGGCGGUCCAAAAGAAAGAGGGAGAGGAGGCCGGCCACUUCAGUCCUGUUUCUGUACACGGCUUUGCAGGGCCCCCACAUACAGAGACACAACAUGAGCCUACAUUAUUGUGUGCAUUCAGUCAACACUGUUGAUAGAACAAAGUAUUUAAUUUAUAGCUUUUUUCUUUUCUUUUAGGCGAUCAGGGAGUUUUCUGAGCUCUCACUUCCUCACACCCGCCUCACACUCCCCUUAUUAGUCCUCAGCAGACUUUUUUAGUCAUUUCUAGAACAGAGGUUGCAAAGCCUCCCCCAACACUCAGAAUGAAAGCCAGUUUAAAAAGCAUGUGGUUCAGGCAGCAUUGAGCUUUAUGAACGCCAGACUCGCUGUGACCAUCUCUGUUGAGAGCAUGUGUGUACCGUGUAUGGACCCUCCAUAUUUGAUGAUGGUGGAAGUGGGUCAGUGGGGCUGGAGCCUCUGAUUUAACUAUUUUUUGCCUCGCGGUGAGCAGCAGCAGCGAUGGAGCUGCAGAUUAUUCUUGCAAAGUAGGUCUGUGUGGUAUGAAAGAAAUCUGCAAUGUGUCAUUACGUUGUUUACAAUUGCAAUGACAGAAUAACUUGUAGUAAUAAACAAAUAAGGAAGUGUGAAUUUUGGCUGUAACUUGUAGUGUUGAAGUUCCAAACAUGUUUCUACUGAUGCACAGAAAGGACAAACUAAAUAACCGAAAAUUCUGGAGGCAUAUGAAACAGAGGACAAACACCCAAACAGGCUGUUCCUGUGAGGACAGAGCUCUGCUUGGACAGUUGUUGUUCACGCUGCUGUCACAGUUGUUUUGACAUCUGGUCUGUGUGUAUUUCAGCACAUGCAUCACUGGUCAAGUGUCAAGCCAAACACAGCAGCUGGAUUGUUGUGUAUUUCUGUCCGUAUUACCCAGCGUCUGCCCUUUUAGAAAUGGUGCAUGUCCAGUGUUUGCUCCUGAUCUCCUUAUCACAACCUUGCUCUGCUAGCCAGGGGGAUGUUUAGAAUGGUUUCCAUGGCAACUGCAGAAACAUGAAAAGCACACUAUAGUGUAGUAAUGUAGACAGAAGGACACCAGAGAGGGGCAGAGAGGAGUGCUGUCAGCUGAAGCGAAAAUAAGGGUGGGCUUGAAUGAUCCUAAUCACAGGACCGAACCGUGCCCACCCAGAGACAGCCUGAUUGGAAAUACGUACGCUCUCUGUUCUGUAGCGGUUUGCGGAAACAGGUUUGCGUUAUGCUCCUGCUCUAAUUUGGUAUUUUCCCAACAGGCCGCAGAGGCUCCUGCAGAUGAAGUUUGGGGAGGGAAAAACAGAGAAGUAUAAUUUUUCUGUAAACACAUCCUGAUCUCGAGGUAUCAUGGGGAGGAGAAAUGACUAAACGUGAGGAAUCUUUAACAAAUACUCCACAUGUUGAAACUGUGUCGAACCAAGUUACUAAAUUUCACUUUAAGUCUCCAUUUUAGUGCAAGUUGUUUACAUAUGCAAGCUCAAUCUCAGCAAGGCAUUCAGUAUUCACUUAUGACCAACAAACAAUGUUCUUAGCUGACUCUGGGAGGAGGUUUUUGCUCCUCCUGUUUCAACACGCCUCCCUCUUCUUGUAAAACCUUGUCAGGGUAUGUUCUUGGCAAGUAUUUGAUGGAGCUAUUGUAACCACACUUGUGGUUUUGAAGCUGAGAUGAACAACCCCGAUGGUUUCUAUAAUAGAUGUCAGACUUCAGUAUGUAUGUGUGAGACAAUGUGUGGUAGCUCCAGUGUUUUUCUCAAGGGUUUGGUGUAGGCCUGGGCCAUUUGGCAAAAAAAAAAAGAUCAUGAUAUACUUUGUCAUAUCGUCUGAUCUGGAUUAUUAUCACUUUUUUUUUUUUAACUGCUAGUUUUAAAGCGUCUGUUCUAAAAACUAAAGAAACUAGAGAUUAGUUCAACAUUUUAUUAACAUACAAAGUAAAAAACAAAGCAAAUUGAACAAGAUAGACUUAGAAAGAUAUAAAAACAUUGUACCUCAACAGUACAACAAAUGUAGAUAAAUACUAAAUAAUACAGUGAAUUAGUUUACAGUCCUGAGUGUUUUUGCAGGUAUGCAAGAGCCAAAAUGAACAAAUCGCCCCCUCAGAGAUAAUGAAGACGCUUUAAAAUGUCAACAUUAGACUAUGUAAAUGUAGAUGAUUUGAUUGAUUUCUGCUUUGGUCUGGCGGCUGCACCGUUAGUUGUGGUUAAACUGCUAAUGCUACUCAUGCCGUCAGCAGAAACAGGCUGUACAGACUCUGCCCACAUUUUCAUGCUUUCUGCGUUAUCAUUGGGGAGGUACUUCUUCAAAUGAUUAAACAGACCAGUUGUGUAGCCAGUUUUUGAGGGCACCGAUCGCUGACAUACCUCGCUCAUCGGCUUAAUUACUCAACAUCACUUCGGAGUUACCCAAACCACCGCCACACAACCGACGUUGUGACGCACAUUUCCUCUAUGUUUGAUUGAGUAAAUAUGCUCCCAGCUGAUCGCCGUGAUCGAACUGAAAUUUAUCACGAUCACACGCCCAGUCCUAGUUUGGUGUGUUACUCAUGAGCUGACUUGCCUCCCAGACUAAAUCCUUUCAAAAUUUCUAUUUCUAUGUUUCUAUUAACAUAAAAUAUGAAGCCUUUAAUUCGCCAACAACUGCACAAUUAUUGUAAAAGUUAUUUUAGUCACUUCUCAUUAACGAAUAAAAAGUAUUUGCACUCUCGAAACUAAUUUCCUCUUCUAACGAAACAGAUUUUUUUUCCAUUUUCUAGGGCUGGGUAUUGAUUCAGAUUUUCCAAUUCGAUUCGAUUCGAUUUUACAAGGUCCAAUUCGAUUCGAUUCACGAUUCGAUUCGAUUCAAUAUCGAUUCAGUCAGGGAUAUCUAAGUUAAAAAUGGCCAAAUGCAUUGAACCUAACUAGUAACCUUUUGACCUGGUAGAUUAUUAAAAAUUGUUUACAUUAAAAAUUGCACCCAAACUAGUAGCAUUCAUCAUGCGCAUUUAUUUAAACAUGACCAAGUGACUGACAGAAAAUAAAUGAAUAUAAAUUAAAUUAAAAUAAAUUACAUGACAAUAUAAAUAAAAUAGCUAGUAGUACAAAUAAACAGGACACUCACUUAUCUGCAACUGUCUUACAGCUUUUGUGCAAUAACACAGUGGUUGUGACACAACUGUAUGAAAACAGAACCAUCUGUUGACUCAAAUAAAGGGCAAAUUAAAAUAGUGCAAAUAAGUCAGUUUUUUUUUACAUGGUCAGUAUAUUUUGAACAUACUAUGUAAACUGAAAAAUGCCCUCAAAAAAGUGGUGACAUUACAUCUUGUUUUUCUGGCAUUCUGAACUUCAUGUCAGUUUUGGUUUGUUUUUCCAUGAACACAAAAUAAAAAAGUGUCUAAACAGCUCUGAAUUACUUCUGAAAAUAAGCGUUUUCCUGAAACAUUAAUGCAAAAGAUCUUGUAAACUUCUGAACAAUAAUCACACUGUGUGACCUUUCAUCCCUUUUCUUACUUGUUGGAGAGAGUAAGAUUUUUCUGCAUGAAAAGGAGCUGAUCACACUCGCCACACUCUCCACUGCCUGAAGCAAAGUUUCGAUGCUUUGUUUCAAACAUGCAUACAUGUUUGGAAUUGUCACUUCACUUAAUUGUUUACGAGUCGGCAAAACAUAACGUGGCUCCAGCGUUUUCACGAGACUUCGGAAACCAUCGUUUUCAACGACACUGUAAGGUCGAAUGUCUUUGCAUAUGAAAACUGCAAUUGCCUCGGUUAUCUUCCGUGCACGUUGAGAGUUUGCCGGUAACUUGGGGGCCAAUACCUGUUCCAGGCUAGUUUGUUUGAGCCGUGCCGAGUCCAAUUGUGUUACCGUUUCUGGGUGAUGUCUUGUCAGAUGGUUUCGGAGAUUUGUCGUAUUCCCACAGUAUUUCACCGCUCCGUUGCAUACUUUGCAUAUCGCUUGUUUUUAGUCAUCCGCGUUGUUGUCUCCGUCCCUUUUAAAACAAAAAUACGCCCAAACAUCAGCCUUAAAACUCGCCGGCGUCGCCGCUGACGCUGUACUCCCUUCUGCCAUGUUUCCUUCUCUUGCUAACAGCGGCUAAUAACAUCUCGCGAGAUCGUGUUCCGUGUAAAGCCGCGCUAAACGCUGAUCUCGCGAUACUGCCAGGGUUGAAACAGGCUGUUCACUGCAAGUUAGAAGAUCGAGCUAUGGAUUUAUGAAUCGAUAUCUGACUAUAAAAAGGUGAAUCGAUUCAAAUCGAUUUAAUCGAUUUUUAUAACCCAUCCCUACCAUUUUCUAUAUGAUGCAUAUCCACAUUAUAUACGGUGGAGAAUUGGAUCAUUGUUCCUGCAUGCAAACAUGAUCCUCAUAGUGUCAUCUCUAUGAUAUGAUCUCUCUUUGUUUUUUUUGUUUUUUUGCAUACACCAUGCAAAACAGGCAGAAGGAGGGUGGGUGGCAAGUCCCUUCAGUGGCAGCAAACCAAACAUGGCGCUGGAAGUGUAGACUCACCAGAAGGGAUGCUGCUGGAGUUACUUUUUCUUUGUCAUGGGGGGGAUUUGUCAUCUGUGGCUCUUGAGAUCUGAAAGAAAUGAAAACACGUUGUUUUUUCGUCAGUAGUUUCGCCUGCUCUGGAUCCCACACUGUCGUUUAACAUCAGGAUACGCUAUCCUGUCAGGCCUUCAAAGAGCAGACUCUGGAGUUAUGUUGCUCUCACCUCUCGGGUAAAAUACUUCCUCAAUGAUUCAUCAUGUGGAGUUUACAGAAGGAUGAGUGGCUCAGAUCCAGUCACUUCAUCCUGAGGCGGUCGAGAAUUUCUUUCAAAUCUGCAUGUUUACCUUUUAGUUGGUGCAAUUUCUCCUGGGAAAGUUUUCCAAUCUAUCAAACUUCUAACUGCGUUUUAUUUUCUGAUUAAUUGGGUUCAACAAAUGUUUGAAAAUUCAAUUCACAGUUUGAUUCUUCGUUUACCGGCUGAUGUGUUCCCGAACCUGCAUGCUCUUUACAUGACGCUGAGGGAAAACGCAUAAAAACGUCUCUUAAAAUGACUAAAAUGUACAAUCCUAUUCAGUGUUUUUUUUGUUUUUUGUGUGUGUGUGUGUAGUUGCAUGCUGGGAGAAAUGCUGCUGUGCCCACUGAGUGUGGGAAGAGUAUCAAAGCUUCGCCGUUAUGUAAGGAGAGAUUCCAGGAAGCUGAAAGUCAGGAUGGAAGCGUCUUCUUUCUUUCAAUACUGUACGUCUGUCUCUUCAUCUGUGUCUUCUCCGCUCAGUCCUCACAGCACUGUGCCCGUCUCUAUUUUUACCACCGAUGUGGGCCGUGGGAGUCGCCUGGGAGAGAGCAGAUCAAUUUGGAUCCCCAGAACGUUUGAAUCGAGUUUGCAGACUAAUUAAACACUGUUUACAGCCUCUGAUGAGACAGGCCGGGAUCUAAACAAUCGCUUCUUCUAAACAAUGAUUCAACAGACUUUGUAAUGCACAUACGGAGGUGUGCGCUCGUAACUUUAAUGUUGCUGAUCUCUGUCCUGCCAGGUAGAACAGAGGGUUGUAUUAGUGAUUGUGCCUGGCUGUAGGCUACACAGACAGAUGUUUCUGUUGUUUUUCACACACACAAACACGCCCUGCCCUGCCCUGCACAGGGCUUCAAUGCCCGAGGCUCUCAGUCGUUGACAUUACCCAUAAAUCUUGGACGAAUAUUUGGAGGCUCGUACUACGGAGCUGGAAUUUUUGUCAGGAAGGUAACGUAAGGGUAAACGUCGGGUUUUCGGGACAUCAGAGGUGGUUCUUUCCUGUGGCAUGCGAAGCCGUUCUGCACACAUGAGCUGCUCCAGAGCAGGUUAUGCUUGAGAUAAGAGAUGAGCAAUCAGGUCUCUGGAUCCUUAUACGAGGCGCAAUCUCAGUUCCCUCCUGGCCCCCACCGCUAACCUGAGGGCAAACAGAGAUUUGUGGGACACACACAUUCCAGCUGUAGUUUUAUGAGAAUUUUCCCAGAGUGUUUUUAAAUCAAGAUCACUUAAAAAAGAUAAUUUGAUUGAUCCUGAGAGUUUUUACUGACCAGCCAUGGAUGCUUGAUUGGUAUUGAUAUCAUCGGACACUGAUUGAAGCCCUAAAGUAAAGACAUUGUUCUACUCACCAGGAAAUAAAAGCAAGCCGACUCACUUUAGCAACAAAUUAUACAAUCAUCAGUCACGUACAUAAAAAGCAUUGAAGCAGGACUUGAAAUUAAUGCCGCUUAGAAAAAACAGUAGAUUUGAAGCCUGUUUUCUCCUAUCACGCUACACGUAUUUGAUUAAGCCUUAAUUUAGCACUGAAGAUCGCGAUUGGUUCCCGCCCUUUUCAUAUGAAUGUGCUCGGGGCUAGAUUGAGGAGCCCUGGCUUGUUUUGUUGCAGGUGUUUGUUUGGAUUACCGUAGACCACAGAGAUGUUUUUUUUAAUUUUCCAACAUGUGACCCUGAGGCGUGCUUUAAUAACUCUGCUUCUUCUACUAAUGUUUGUUUGUUGGUUAUUUCCUGGAACCACUGCUUUUAUAGAUGAAUUGGUGAAUAGAUGAAUCCUUUCCCUGUUAGGAGAAUGAAAGCAAACACUGAAAAAGGUUUGCAUUCUACCUCAGCUUUUAUCAGAUUUAAACGAAAAAUCUGAAUGACAAAGAAAACAGAGUCGAUCGUUUCGCAUACACCUUGGUAUACGGUCUACGCAGGACUCAACGUAAACUUUUUAAAACUUCAAAAAUUAAGCAGCACCCACAGAAAGUUCAAGGACCCCACGGCUAAGAUGCUUUAAAUGCAUGUUGAAUUUCUGUGGUGAAUGCAGUCCUACCUGCAACCAUCCCACAGGCAAAACAGUAGAUGGACUGCACUGACUGAACAGUUUUUAUAGCGCAGCCAUUCAGAGUCUUUUAGCCACACUUUCUACGCUGUGAGAAAUCCCUCCACUCUCUUUUCAUCGUCUCUCUUCAGCUCUUAUUUCACGGCAGUCACCUCUCUGUCCUGAUGAAGAUCAGCGUAUUAAAGGAGUGAGAUUGAAGGCUGAUAUGAAGAAAUCUGACAUGACGAUUGAGAGUCAAGGAUGUCAGGCUGUUGAUUAGCUAUAUAUGAGCAUUGAAUGGAAUAGUGGUUGAUUAGUUAUGCCUGCAAAGAGGCUUGUGUCAUUUUUGACUGAGGGUAUGACGCUGCAACUCUUUGCAGGCAUUACUAAUCAAUUACUGGUCCCUCUGUACACUCAAAAACACGAUUAAAUCGAACUUUAGCGAGAAUAAUCCAUGGACAAAAAUAGUUUACCUCCAUCUAGGGCUGGGCGAUAUGGGAAAAAGUUUAUCACCAUAUAUUUUUUUUAUAUCAGUCAAUAUAUAUAGAUUUCACGUAAUAAUGAAGUCUAACAGUGUUUAUUGGUAGCAUGUCUUUUGCAAUACAAUAAGCUACUGCAUCUGUGAGGUCUUUGUGUCUCGCCUUACGCGCGUGGAAACGCCUUUUCCAUUGCGUGUGCUCUGCCGCGUGUCGCUACUUCAGGUGGUGAAAACAAUUUGAGGUAUUCCCCGACUUUGCGAGAACAUGUACUCGACAUAAUUUACAGCAAAUUAUGUUUUCGUGAUGAUGUCGUCAUCUGUUGAGCCUUCAUCUGUAUUUCUCAGUGCUGUCGGCUUCACGUGUUAAAGUGCUGUGGUUGCUCGUAGCUGCAGUCUACUACUACGCAGUUGUUUGCUACUUGGGUCUAAUUCAGCACAUGAUUGGUUCAGUGCGAAGCGGACCUGGAGCAGCUCCCCUGUUCAUUGGCUAUUCAUUGAGUCUACCAAAACAUGGCAGAAUGCCAACUAUCAAGAAGGAUAUUGACCAUGUUUUAUAUUGAUAUUGAGGGAAAUUAAAUUUCGAUGUAUAUUGUUAUUGUUUCAUCGCCCAGCCCUAGCUAGAACCAAUCCACAGACAAAAGUACAUCUACCUCCUCUAUGCAGAAGGCAGUAUGUUUCCUUUUAGCUUUUCAGCUUGUUGGACCUUCUCUCAGUUGACCUAUUACAGUGCUCACAAAUAGUAGUCUAGUUCUCUCUGACAACGAAAUAGACUUACAGUCAUUCUUUUUGGCAAAUAUUGAGCAACAAAGGCCAGCUCUCGUCUAUAUCAGACUGACAGGGAGAGAAAGAGAGAGAGAGAGAGGUGCGUCCCCGAUCAGAGAAACAGGCAGGAGGAAGAGCGAAGACCAAAGCACAUAAUUGGCUCUGAGCUGGAGUUUGUAAUCCUCAGGAUUUUAGAGUCAGAGGAAGGUCCACAGAGCAGCAUGUACACUGUAUACAUGAGAGUACUGCUGGUAUAUACUGCUCAGUUUACUCUGUGUGAGAGACUCUACAUUGAUUCGCUCACUGCUCACACUUGGACAGAGACUCUGCGCUUGUAGCUAAAAUCAAACACUGGAAAUUUCCCUCAUAGCUGUGAGUUCAUUCCCUGUCCUCGUGAGAUAAAGGCCUUCGCUCCUCCUCUCCUCCCUCCACCCUUCCCGACGUGCUCGCGGAGUAAUUCUGCCUGACCCAGUUGAGCCACAUGCUGAGGAGUGUAAACAGACAGUUAAAGAAAGUGCAGUGUAAGCAGGUUGUUUCGGUUCAGGAUAUACACGGAUUAAACAAUUUCACCGUUGUUAAUUUACAGGAAAUGUGAAUCCCUCCUGAUGAUUUGUGUCCAGUUUAUCGUUGUUGAGACACUGAGGGUCAUUUUUGUAACAUUUUCAGUUUGUAGAAUUCCUUCUCCUCGUGUUUCCUCUGAUUUUUGCAGUCGCUGCUCUGCUCCGUGAAUGUUUACCCUGAGUCUGUUUGCCUACUGUGCCAGGUGGGUGUGGCCCCGUGAGUCACAGCUGCACAACGCACGCCAGAGUCAAAUUUGAAAACACGCACGGUGUGUUUCCACUUACAGUUGGCAGCAGCUCGCUCUGAGUGGAGUCGACUUUUUUUUCGGCCUACUUGAAUACUUUAGGAUAUUUUUAUGUCUCUUUUUUUUUUUUCCAGUUUAACUUUCAGAGACACAAUGUUCCCAUUGUUUUGUCUCUUUUUCUCGCUCCCUUGUGAGUGAGUCACUUCCUGUCAGGCACUCUGCCAGUUGGAGGGAACAGAAAGACAGCUCUCCAAACGUACUGUUUGUCCCUGUGUUGUGUUUGUUUUUGUUUGAAACACUGAAGCCUUUGUGAGGAUUGACUCUCUCAAAGACACGCGUAAGAAAAAAAGGCAGAACAUCAUCAUUCAGAAUAAAUCUGGGGUCAAAUGUCACCCAUCAUCAUCAGCCUGUUGCUCCUCCCUGGAGGCUCCACUGUCGCACUACUCCUCUUUCCAUUUCAAAAACUUUUUCCUCUUCUCUCUUCCCCUCCUUCUCCCGCUCUUUCUUCUCCUCUUACUCCCUCGUUCCUCUUUUCUGUCUCUCUCAGCUCCAGCUACUCCUCCAGAGCGUUAGAGUUUGAGAAGGAGCACCAGAUUGCUGCCGUGUACGAGUCGCCCAGGAUGUCACGGCGGAGCUUGCGUCUGCAGACCAGCGCUGGUCUCUAUGACAACGGGAGCCUGGCUGAUUACUCUCAGAACCACAGCAGCAGCUACACAAGCACCAGGAGAGAGACACGGUAAGACCAGCAGCGGCGGCUGACACUGUAACCAGUCAUCUCACUAGAGAAGAGCAAUACAUACCUGUUUUUAUCAGGUAUGAAACGUCUCUGUUCUUGAGUGUUUCUUUGAUCUGUGAAGCACAUGCACAGGAUCUGUUUCGGGUUUCUUGUUGUUUACAUUUCGUGAAGAUCUCAGAGAGAGAGUUUCAUUGAGAUCAGAUUGAAUACAAGUUUAGCACACUUCUCGAAGUUAAAGAUCUUAUCAAGCAGUUUGAGUAUUUUCUGCUUUAAGCUCUAAUGUGCAAAGAAAAACAACAACAACAUAAAGUGGCACAAAGAUUUCCAAAUUACCCCCCGGUACGUUGAUGAAAACACAUGAAAGCAACAUUCAUCUCUCGAGGGGGUGUCUACUGCAGUGAGUUUGACCCUAACUUUAUUUUAUGCCAGAAUAUCCCUUUAACAGCGCGCUGGCUGAGGAUUGGCUCGUUCAUGUUAGCCCUUCUGUGCUGUGAACCAGAGUGAAUAUAAAAAGUUGUGUGCACAGGAUGUUAAACUGUGUUUUCAUCAACGUACCAGGCGGUAAUUUGGAAAUCUUUGUACCACUUUGUGUUGUUGUUUGUUCUUUGAAAUGUACAUAAACAUAUAUACAUAAACAUAAAUAUACAUAUUUUCACCAUUAAAUCUUUCUCUCUUAAAGAUUUCUCUCACCAACACUUAUUGCAGAUGUUUACACUGCAGUAAUGAGAUUUUAGUCUGCAGCUCUGUGCUCAGUAUUAAGCCUCACACCCCUUCAUGUUCCCUGUCUCUGCUCUCCCAGGACCACGCGCAGCAAAAAGCAGCAGUCCAGCUCCGGUUCCCUCUCUUUAUCCCUGAGUCAGGCCGUCACGCCGCGGAAAACCCUCUCCUUCACAGCGAUGAGCACCCCCAUUAACAGCAGCAGCAGCGUUCAGGAGAGCAUCCAGGAGUCUGAAGCCUCACUGCUCACCCCCAUCCUCGACCAGUCCCACCUGAGGCAACGCAGCGUCACCACAACAACAACCACCACCUCUGUGGAUGGACACUGGGGUCAGUUCAUCCAUUACGCACAAUAAUCUAGAACAGACCUGGGCAUUUGAUGUCCAGAGGGUACACAUCCGGCCCUUUGGAUGUCCCUGCCCGGCCCUUCGUGAGGUCCGUCAAUCAAAUCAUCAUGAAAACCUAGCCGCUGUUUUAUUUCCAUUUGGACGCAAGUGCGUACAUCCUAGAUCUGCAUCCGUGUUCAGAGACAAGUUUAAACAUCAGCAAAAUAUUCGUAGACGCCUCAUAGUCGCCAAGUCCGCUUAUUAUAAACGACUUUAGGCUUGUUUCUCUCAGAAGUAGCUUGUAAAACUCAUGAGUUGCGGGUGUUCUCAUGUGGCCCCAUGUAAAAAUCAAUUGCCCACCCCUGAUCUAGAAAUUUCCUGAAAGGGUCUUGUAUUCAGGAUCUAGAUUUUUAGCUCUAACAUAGGUCCACAACAGCAGACUGAAGUGCGCCCCUGUGCCGAGGGAAUGAAAGAUGGAGACAGACUGAUUGUCCGCGCUAAAGUGACUUAAAAGUAGGUCAAGUUAAUCAACAGCCGAGUCUGAGUUAUGAUGGUGUUUAUCAGCGCAGCCGAGUCAUGAAACAACUUCAGCGGUGUUAGGAGUGAAACAUUUGAAGAGGGUGAGCUCAAUUAUCCCGCCUUAAAACGCUCAAAGAGAGACCGACAGCGAAGUGUGUUUGUCUUACUCUAAAACAGAACUAUGCUCAUAACCACGGCACUUAUCCUGUCGAUGAGACAAAGAAUUGAUGGUGUAUACAACGACGAAAGUAAAAAGUGAUUUCUUUCAAUGUUAACGUGACAAUUUAACCUGAAACAUGUGAAAUGUUGUUUUAUUGGAUAACAGCCCGCCUUGAUUUUUAUUUUUUUAUCGUAUUUUGUUGUUUAGUCAUCAGAAAGUCUUUUUUUUCUAAACGGUGGUCCAGAAAGGAGAGGGUUGCCUUAAAAUGCUCAUAUUUGAGUGUUUUUACCACCUUAUCACCUCACCUUCAUCGUUGUAUCAAACAUGAUCUGUGUUAUAUUUCAAAGGAGGAAUAAGUCUUUAUCGUUUGCAUUCUCGUUCCGCCAUCAGGGAAGAGUCACAGGGCCGACCACAGUUCGUCAAGUGUCAACGGCGACGCCAGCGCCAGUACGUCAAAGUCCCACGCCUCCCUCCACAAUGGUUACAUCUGCAAAGACUGCUCUCUGCACUCUCAGAAGAGCGACUCCUCGACUAUCACGCAGACUUCCUCGUCACCGUUAUCAUCUCAAGCCGCCGUAGCUUCCUCAGACGCUUUCUUCGCCGCCUCCUCCUCCUCCUCCUCUUCACCUUUCACGAGUAUAUACUCCAGAGACAGGAGUCGACGGAACAAGACAGGUGAGACACUUGAAUCGGACUGAAAUGUUGAGUUAAAGCUCCUGUGAGGAUGUUAACACGACAAACACGCGUACCGGACAAGACCACUAGAUCGAUAAUAUUCCUGCUUUGUUUACAAACGACACGACACAAAAGUUCCUCACAGGAGCUUUAAAACAAACGCAGCUUCACAGUCAGAGUGUUUUCAAAAAUAUCUGUGGUAACGAUGAGGAGGUAACGGCGGUGAAAUCUUUCCCCAGGUCUGCUGGUGUCUAUGUCGAACACGUGUAUGCGCUACAGCAAACGAGCCGUGGCCCCCAUAGUGUCCUUAGUCAGCCUGCUCUUCAACAAUGUGCUCUGGCUGGGUUCAAAGGCCAAAAACCCUCCAGGAAAAGGUAUAAAACCAGAGACGCUCAUUACUCCCCUCUUUCUUCUUCUUCUUCUUCUCUGUUUUUCACCCACUCAGCUUGGAGAGAGACUUUCAGAGAUUUUUCUUGUUUUUUGAGGAAAAGACAAAUCUUUUUCAGCUAAUUGAAAUCUCCUCUCUUCUCCUCAGCCUCAGCCGACUUCUCGUCAUCACUCUUGAUGUUUCCGGCUGAGUCAUGGUCUAAUUCCAUUUCUCAUGAAACCUUAUUAUCUCUCUCUCCUCCUCCCUCCGCAGCCUCUUGAUGUUUCUAUCCUCUUCUUUCUCAUCCUGAAACCUUUUCAAACCCAUAAUCGUGCCGUGUCUUCACUGCCUCGGCGUUACAUUUUGACCAACAGUGAUUUUGAUUUGGGGCGUGUUUGUCAUCAGGUGUCAUUACGUCGGUUUCUGACUCCAUGAGACGAGCGGGGUCCUCCAGUUUGUCCCAGCUGUGGAUGCUAAAGCAGAACACUGUCCACAGGCUGACGGGCGCCGCCGGGUCUAAAGGCCAUGAAGGACAAGGUACCAGUGAGCGUCAGAGGUUCUGGAUCACACACAGCUCCUGAGCGUUUUCAGCUUCUCUUCUAUUCCUAGACUUUACGGUCACCACCUCUCUUUUGCCCCAGCUCCGUCCUCUGGAUGCACGUGGUGUUGAAUUUACGCUGAAGUAACUCUUCCUCAUCUUUUGGUCUCUCAUGUCUUCUUCUCUGACAGAUAAUUUGUUGUAGAGAUAAACUAACGAUCCAGAGACAACGUUACUAAAACCAGACGUGGCUGUCACAUACUGUUUACAUCAGGUUUUUCAGUCAUGACUCCCUCUUCACAGAAAGUCCCUCCUUUUUAACUCCGAUGUGGUUUUCAGUCGGUAAACAAGAUUUACAUUUCAGUUUGCAUGCACAGAGUGUUUGACAGCAGACCCCGUUUGUUUUAUUUAGAAUAUUCCGCUAAAAGAAGCUGCUUUUUUUUCACAGCUGUGGGGAAAACAUUCAGCUCUGAAUCACCACUUUCACUUCAUCUCUCUCUUCUACUGGGUGUCCUCACAUAUACGAUUUAUUUAUGAUAUCUACAUAUAUAGACAACUAUCCAAAGAGCUGCUCUGCUGCAGAAUCGCUGACGUACUUUUACUCAGUUCUGAAUUUCUACAUGUUUUUUUUUUCGGUCGACGUGGUUCUAUAAACCAAAUAAAUGUGUUGUGUGUUGCAGCUCACUCAAGUUUCUGUGGAAGCAUGAAUGUGAAGGGUCUGAUGACUGAAGAUGCAUCACAUCUUAAGCUCAAUGGUUCACUAUGUAAGUGCACACACAUCCUGUCUUUCUCCUCACACUGGUUUUCUUGUCCUGCCGUUUCUUUCUGAUCAGAUAAGUUCUCAAAACUUUAUUUUAAGGGACCAGUCCGACAACAAAACAAAACACAAGAACAAAGAGCCCAAAAGAAAUAAAUGUGACACUCUGUUGGUAACAUUUGGUUUGUAUUUGAUUAUUGGAGCAGCAGUAAAAAAAAGUUUUUUCUCUUUAACUCGUUCAGUGCCAUUAAAGGAUUUGGACGGAUUUUUCAGUUGAAGUUUGCGAGAAAGUUUGGGGUCGUUCUGAACGCAGAAAAGUCAACAAAUACGUCAUAACCAUGUUACAAUAACGAAAACAAGUGCUCGCCAGUGAGAAGUGUGUCUGAGUUGUGGAGUUUUUUUUUUCUCUAUGAGGAGAGUAGGAAAAUGCCGAAGUCAUUAGCCAAGAGCUCACGGUCUCUGUCCCUCGGUUUCUGUUGGCGCGGUGCUACCGUCUCUGGAUCCAGUGGAGAUCCCAGGAUCGGACCCUCACAUCGUCAGCAGACAAUCAAAGGAACAAUUUUCCAUGUUUGUGUGCCGCUGGUGCCAGUACUGGUGAGUGAGACUGAGCCGGAAUUCAGCGACAGUCCCGGCAUGAAGGACGGUGGAGGGAGGACCUUGAUGCCGCCUAUAAAGUAGUUUGAAGUGAAAUGAAAUAGACGAUCAGAGUUCUGCUUCAAAGUCUCUCCUUCGCAUUGAGCAGGCAAUAACUAAACACAGGAGUGGGUUAGAGACUAACUUUUUUUUCUGGUGAAAGAAGAGAAUCACCUCUUUCUUUUGAGAUAUUGCACUUAAUUGUAGUCCAAGUAAAAGAUAUUCUGUGGGUCCUGAAGAUACAGAUACUUCUAUUGCGGUCAGUGGUGGCACUGAAUGAGUUACUAAACGAAACCAUAUGACAGUGUCAUCCAGUGAUUCCCAAACCAUGAGGCACAUCAAGGAUGAGUGAAAACAGUACACCCGGCUCUGCAGCUCUCUCAGGGUGGGGGGGUGAACUGGUUUCAGCGUCGUCACCAGUUUAAACAUGCUUUGUUGUUUUUGUACACACGUUUUGGUUUAAGCGCACACACGACUGAGAUUUACUCUCCGGCGUGCGGCCACAGAGCCUGGUAAAGAUACUAGCAUAGCUGAGUGACCAAAGUGGACUGUGGAUCUCAGCAAAGGUCUACCUGUCGAUGACUCUGAUGUUUGAGAUCCAGUAUGAGUGAAAAAGAAAUGAUAACCAUGACCUCAAAGUAAAAAACACAAAACUGAGCUCUGCACGCCACUCAUCAUUCAAGUGUCCUUCUUCUGUUUCCUUUUGACAUCAUUCAUGAUUUAUUUUGACCUUUUUUGUUCUGUUUUCAUGUCCUUUACUUUGGUUAUUUGUAUCAUUUUUUUCUGUUUUUCUGUUCUCUGUUUGCCAUCCAUCGUUUUGCCGUCCCCAGGCGAUGACUGUAAAGGGAAGCAGCAUUCUGAGACACAAACGGCCGUCCUCCUCACAGAGUCCUCCAGGUCUCAGCGCCUGGCAGGGGCGCUGUGGAGCAUCCUAGCUUACGCAGGUUAAUCAGCACUUCACUUAAGUUGAUGAAAGCCCGUGAAUAUUCUGUGACGGGAGUAGGACUGCUGAGUAAAGAGCGGGUGUAGACCACUCAUGCUGACAUUUUCCCUCCUCUCGCCGUGUCCUUCAGGUUACUGCCUCCUCCAGCCGGGUUACUGCGUGGUGAGAGCGGGGAAAGCGUUGGGGUCAGGGGCCGGGACAGUGCUGCAGAGGCUGCUCUCUGUGUUCUGGAUGCUUCUGGCUGCUCCAGGUUAGCUGCACUGAUUUAAAGAAGAUCAACAGCUUCCCCAUCUGUGUUUUGUUUCAAGGUCUGACUGUGUUUUGUUUUUUUUUCUCUUCUUUAUUCAAUCUGCAGUGAAGGCAGGCAGGGGACUUCUGUGGUUCCUCGCGAAUGGAUGGUACCAGCUCGUGUCUCUCAUGUCUCUCCUCAACGUCUUCUUUCUGACACGGUAAGCUUCGAAAUAAUAACGUCGUGACAGUGAUGUUUGAGAUAAAAAAAUCCAUCGAAAUCAAGAUAUGGAGACGUGAACAGAGAGAGAAACCUGAAAGAAAAGUAUCACCUGCUUCAUGACUGUUUUAAGCAAAAAGGUUCAAUAAAAGUGACUUUAAUUACCAAACAUCAGACGGACACAAAGAGCAGCAAACUGGAGAGCAUAAAGAAGCAAUAAGCAGUAGGACUGGGACGAUAUGCUGUUUCCCCGAUUCGACUCCUCUGCGAUUUUUUGGAUGCCGAUUCGAUUUUAAAUUGCGAUUCUACGAUAUCAUCGAUUUUCUCGAUUUUUAGUCUGCAUUUUUAACAACAGUGAAACAGUUGAAUGAUUGUCUACUGACUAUUCCAGGAAUCAUAUUUCCCCCCAAAAAUACACAUCACAUGACUAAAACAUCAGGCGUGAUGCGAUUUUGCGACUGUCCGGGGGAAAAAAGAUGCGUCCCGGGUGGAAGCGAGAAGACUGACACAACAGCAGACUGAGUGUUUUUCUGAUUUCUGAUUAGACUCUAGUGUUGAGAUGGAUUUUUCAACACAAAAAUCAUUUUUAAAAUUGUCAAACAAAAAAUCGUGAUACUUUUUACACAAUAUUUUUUCUCCCACCCCUAAUAAGCAGCCAUGCUUUUUCAUCAGAGUUGUAUCUACUAUUUAUUGUCUUUUCUCUUGAUGGUGUAUUAUCAGACUUGAGUAUCAUCAAGAAAAGCGCCUGCACUUCUAAAACUUCUUCUCGUCUCUUUGGAAUAACCGCGUGAACUCUCAGUUGUGUUUUCUCUGACCGGUGUGUGACUGUGUGUUACAGAAUCCUCCCUCAGCUCUGGAAACUCCUGCUGCUCCUCAUACCCCUUCUGCUCCUCCUCGGUGAGUUUCGUACACACACACUCACACAGGUGUAACCCAUUUAGAGAGCUCGAGUGGAGAAAUCUGCUCUGUAGUGGAAGAGUAGGUGUCCUAACCGGCACACUUCCCCAGAGUCUGCUGCGUAUCCAGCACCAGAUUCAGGUCAGCCGUGCUGCGCCUCCACUGAGACACUCCACUCUGCGCUGCAGCAUCACUCACUUACACUUACAAAGCAACACAACACAAACACAUUGGUGUGUUUAUGUUUGUGAGCUGCGUUAUCGUAAAGUUAAGUGCAGUGAGGUUGGUUUAUUCAUGACUGUCUCCUUUCUUCAGCUUGGUGGUUUUGGGGUCCGUCAACUGCUGCCCUGCUCGCCUACCUUCCAGGCAAAAACCUAACCGAGUGGCGUCCUGUCUCUGCUAUCGCCCUCCUGUCAAACUUGUGGCCAGCUUCUGCUCCAGCUCCCAACCCCGCCCCCGUCCCUGCAGUGGAGACGCCGUUUGAGCAAACCCCAUCCACUCCAGUUUCACAGGCACCAGUAAGACACACCAACAGUGAAAGCAAACAACCCUGUUACUAAAUUUGUCUCAUGCUCCAGCUUUACCCCAUAUGACCCCUGAGCUAUUGCUUGCAGUCAUUGUAAAACAGUUUCUAUUUUCAGUUAAACUUCUAAUUUCCUCCCUUGUUUUCCUCCUCAGCCCAUCCUCCCCCCUGUGGCAGUCUCUGGUGUCGACUUGGAGCGGCUGGAACGUGUGGAGCAGCAACUCGCCCUGCUGUGGGAGCGAGUCAAGCAAGGCGACCAAACGCAGGAGCAGCGUCACGGGGACGUUCUGGGUCUCUACGGCACCCUGAGGGAGCAGCUCCAAACUCAGACAGACAAGGAGAGUCUGGGAUUAUGGGUGUCCUCCCUGCUGGAGCAGAGACUGGGCGUGUUACGAGCAGAGCUGGAGCAGGAGAACACAAACAGGGCGCAGGUAUAAAGAUCCACAACUCAGAGUUUGAACUCGGCCAAAGGGAUUUAGCAAAAAAAAUGAUAAUAAUAUAUUUUGUCAUAUUGUUCGAUCUCGAUUAAUAUCAUGAUUUUUUUUUUUAAACUGCUGGUUUUAAAGCAUCUGUACUAAAAACUAAAGAAACUAGAGAUCAGUUCAACAUUUUAUUAACAUACAAAGUAAAUAACAAAACAAAUUAAAUAAGAUAAACAUAGAAAAAUACAAAAAACAUUUUUACCCAACAGUACAACAAAUGUAGAUAAAUACUAAAUAAUACAGUGAACUAGUUUACAGUCCUGACUGUAUUUUGGCAGGUAUGCAGGAUCCAAAAUAAACAAAUCGUCCCCUCAGAGAUAAUGAAGACGCCUUAAAAAUGUAAACAUUAGAUGAGACGAUUGAUCGCUGCUUUGGUCUGGUGGCUGCACCGCUAGUUGUGGCUAAACUGUUAAUGCGACUCGUGCCGUCAGCAGUGACAGGCUGUGUAGACUCCGCCAGCAUUUCAUGCUUUCCCCAUAAUCACUCGGGAAGAACUUCUUCAAGUGAUUCAACAGAUCUGUUGUGUUGCUGGUUUUUGGGGGCACUGACCACCGACAUACCUCACACAACGGCGUAAUAGCUUGACGUCAAAUUGGAGAUACCCGAACCACCGCCAACCGCCAGCACAACUGACAUUGAGUAGCUUCUCUUCUCAACAAUGACAUCGUCAGAGGAUGAAUCAAAGUAACGGCUGAUAUCUAUGUUUAGUUCACGUUCAGUCAUUGUGUUUACUUCUCCAACAACUUACUGAAGUGAGCAGGAAAAGUUUGACUCUGAUUGGCUGGUGUGACACACAUUUCCUCUAUGUUUGAUCGAGUAAAUAUGCUCCCAGCUGAUCACCGUGGUCAAACUGAAAUUUAUCAGGAUCAUUAAUCAACUCAACUCAACUCAACUUUAUUUGUUAAGCACUUUAAAACAACCACAGCUGAACAAAGUGCUGUACAUAAACAAUUAAAACAAUGGAUAAUAUAAAAGCAGAAUUAAAAGUAAAAUAUAGUUUCAAUGUUUUUUUUAAAAACUAAUUUAAAAACAUAGAAACAAUUAACUAAAAACAAACCAUAAAACACUAAAACAGGAGCCGAGUCUCAUGCACGAUCAUAUAACCGCCCGGUCCUGGUUUGAACAGGAGUGGGUAAAAAUUCUGCAUGUAUCUCACUUGUUUUUCUUCUUUCCCGCUCGAUUCAGAGUGAAGAGCAGCAGAAACAGCAUCAAGAGAGUCACGCGUUACGGCUGGCUGAGGUAGAACUGCUGCUCAGAGAGCUGGCAGACAAAACGGAGGUAUGUGUAACAGAUUCACUUCUUCCACUCAGAGGACCUAUUUGUAUAAAUGUGCCGAUUGAAUGAGCGUAAAGCUGUAAUUAACAAUGAAGUUAAAAUGAUAAUUUCAGUUACACAAAGCCCAGAGCCAAACUAUAGAACGGCACAAGGAGAGAUAUAAUAGCAGAGGAUAAUGGGACGCGUGCAGCAAUUACAGCGGAACUGAGAUUAAAAGACAAACAAUAAUCCAGACAAGCUGGGACAGGUGAGCCAGACAGCUGAGGUCAGACGAGAACAAGAACUGGUUUGUUUGGUACCAACUCUACAGUCUGUGUACAGACGACAAAAUGAGCCAUCAGAGAAUCUAGUUAUUAUCAAAUUAAAGUGAUUAUUUUACAUUUAUAACCAUCGGUUCAGUUUCUCUGCCAUCGAGAGUUCUCAGAUUUAUAUUUUCUGUUUUCAUUCAUUCUCUCACAUUAACUGUGUUUGUAGAAGGUGCAAAAGAAGCAGCAGCAGUACGAGAACGAGAAGAAGCAAGAAAAGGAGAAAGAGGUUCCCCCUCCAGCAGCAGCAGCCCCCGACCCCGUCAGGUACGAAACCACGAAGAAAAAAGACGACUUCAAAUAUUUUACAGUAGACUUGUUUUAGAGAUUCAGGCAGCUCACGAGUCGGUUCCCUGUUUCCUCCAGUGUUGGUGUGAAGCAGGAGGACCAUGAUGCUUUGCUGGUGGAGGUGCAAAGACUUGAAGUGGAGCUGGGCAAAAUCAGACAGGACCUGCAAGGUGUUCUGGGAUGUAAGGGCAAAUGUGAGCAGCUGGAGACGCUGCAGGACACGGUGAGCAACUCAAAUAGUGACUGAAGAACAGCCUGCUGAAUGUGCUCCGCCGUGGAGCGUCUUUACUCAUCAGAUUUCCUCGAUCCCUCCCCAGAUAUCGGCCCAGGUGUCCUCUCAGGUGUCGUCCCAGGUGCGUAAGGAGUUGCAGGCUCUGUUCUUCGGCAGCGGUGGGUCAGAGCAGCAGCAGGGAGAGGUGCCUGAGUCGCUUGUCCUCUGGCUAUCCCAGCGCUAUGUUAGCACCCCGGACCUGCAGGCCUUACUGGCCUCCCUGGAGAUGAACAUCCUGAAAAACGUGUCCCUGCAGCUCGAGCAGAACCGGGCUCAAACGCUGGGUGAAGCCGAGUCCAAAGCCAAGAGCAUCGUCCAGACGGUAACAGGGAGCGUCAAGCACUCCGUCUCUGCUGAGGGAAUGUCAGAAGAGGUAAGAAUGCAGACCUUCACACUCACAUCUCUCCUCCGUUAGCAGCUCUGUGAUCUUCCUCCAUCCUUUUCAGGAGAAACUCAUCAGCAGGACCUCCGUGUUUUUAAUGUUGUAGCGACUGCUUUCCUUCAACAAAAAGGCUGCUGGGGUUUAGGUUCGCUUGCAUCUGUGACUCGUUUGAAUGAUCAGUCCAGUUUGAGUGUUCAAAAAGGGAAAGAAAACAUGCUGAUCCAGGUCCAAAUCCUUUACCUUCAAAUGAAAAAGGUGAUAAGCUGAAAUGAAGUUAAAACAGGAUGAGUGAAACGAUGAAAAACGGUCAACAGAAAAUGAUCAGAGUGAGAUUUAAAUAACCCGCCAAACAUCCCAAAACCACACCCCUCAGUGACGAUCCCCGGACGUGACGUACCUAUUAGUAAUCAAACUAAACAAAUAUACUUUGGCUCUUACAAAGAUGUUGUUGUGUCUUCCUCAGCACGUGAAGCUGAUCGUCCAGAACGCUUUGAGACUCUACUCCCAGGAUCGAACCGGCCUGGUGGACUACGCGCUGGAGUCUGGAGGUAAGAAGAACGUGGCCUCACGUUGACACCAGCUCCUGUCCUUCCUGUGCCGUCGAGGAUUAGCGAGCUAGCUGCCGUAUCACUCUGUUCAGCUCUCUAAUGUAUACCUCUUACAUAUUAAGUGUGGAGCAUUAGCCAGGCCUGAGGACAGCAGGGUAUUAGCAGGAGCUCAGGCUCCAUUGUCAUCCGUGUUACUGAGCGGUCUGCUGACCUACAUGGACGAGUCACAGCGCUGAGAGCGGGGAGACGAGAUUUAAGCAGAACUUCAUUUUAAGUUCCAUUUUUCCUGCUCAGGUGGAAGCAUCCUCAGUACCCGCUGUUCAGAGACAUACGAGACCAAGACGGCCCUCAUGAGUCUGUUCGGCCUGCCCCUCUGGUACUUCUCUCAGUCUCCACGUGUUGUCAUCCAGGUGAGGUUUCAAGGUUCUUUUUCAUCCAGGUUUUCUUCGAAGUGGGAUUUUGGUUACUAACUGUGACAUUUCUCUCUUCCUCAGCCUGACGUGUACCCUGGUAACUGCUGGGCCUUCAAAGGCUCUCAGGGCUACCUGGUGAUCCGGUUGUCUCUGAGGAUCUUGCCCACGUCUUUCUGCUUGGAGCACAUCCCCAAGGCGUUGUCCCCGACUGGAAACAUCACCAGCGCCCCGCAAAACUUCACAGUCUAUGUGAGAAACGAAGAGACAAACACUUCAUCCAUAACCAGCUGCUGCAGAGAUCCCCGCUUUUAUUAAUUUGUUUGUUUGUUUGUUUGUGAACAGGGUUUAGACGAUGAGUAUCAGGAGGAGGGGAAGCUGCUGGGACACUACACAUACCAGGAAGACGGGGAGUCACUGCAAUCAUUUCCCGUCAUGGUAACCAAAAAAUACUCUCAAAAAUGGACCUGGAUGCUCCUCUCUUCUCAACCUUUUUUAUUCAUGUUUCAUUUAUUUUUAUUUCUCCAUACAAACAAAAAACUAUUUAAAAAUACAUCCAGAGUUUUUAUAAAUUAACAUGCCUUACAUGCACUUUAAAGGUACCCAAUCAGCCACUAGGUGAUGCUAAUGUGCAUAAUCUAGCACUUUAUGUUUACACUUUUUAUCAACAACUAACAACAUAAAAACUAUUUUUAACGCCGUUGAGGUCCAGAACUGGUCAGAUGUCUCUUCUGUUUUUGGAUUUUUCUGUUCUAACAAAUGAAAAAUAAUCACCAAACUUGAGUGAACUUUUAUGUAAUUAUAAAAGAAGGAAUAAUAUAUAGCUCUGUAAAAUACCCAGUCAUAAUUCUGACUUUGCUCUCCAUCCUUGAUAAUAGAAAAGGGAAUAUAUUUAUGUACAUAUAUAUAGUAAUGUGUUUUUACCCUUUCUUUCUCACAGGAGCAGAAUGAUAAGAGCUUCCAGAUCAUAGAGGUGCGGGUGUUGUCAAACUGGGGUCACCCAGAAUACACCUGCUUGUACCGCUUCAGAGUCCACGGAGAACCUCGGCCUCAGUGAACCCAUCGUCACCUCACACACACUCACUCACACAUUCACACACACUCUCAUAUUUGACAUAUCACGAUACCUGUACAUAGCUCUCACCGACUUCUUAAAAAGGAGUGGACUCUGAAAAGGAUAAUGGAGGUUUUUUGUAUGAAAGACAAGAAGACAAAGACGUUUUGGACCGUUGAAGGAAAGUGCACAGUCUGAAUUAUGAACAAAUGUUUUGUAAAGUUGAGAGAAUCACAGGAAAGUCUUUAUGGGAACUGUCAACGAACACAUGAAUGGAACCACAGACUCUCAGUCCACUCUUUGGAAAAGGUCUCUUGCACUGAAUAAGCCCAUGAGCAGACGUAUCCAUCCUCCCUCUUGGCACCGUCUCCUACAGGGAGGUGGACGCUUGAAACGGGAGGAUUAAAAGGACUCAUCUCCUCUGUUUCCUCACACACUGCAUCUCAGUUUGGUUUCUUUUCCUGCUCGUCUUUUAUUUCCUGUUAGUCUGUUUUAUUUUGUUUGUUUUUUUAGGAUCAAAGCCACUACACCUUUGCAUGUCACUCCCUCUGUCUGUUGCUUUUCAGUCUCUGCAUUGACUUUAAGCUGUUUGGGCAGCCUGCAGGAGUGAAACACACUAAACUGUACAUGAAUGUUACCCUUCAUUCAUCCACGCAGCAGGGACUGCAUCUUGGGAUUCAGUCGGGACUGAACAUGCCGCCUACAGAGAGGCUCCAAAUGUUUUCUCAAGUGGAAACAAUCAUCCUUAAACGUCACAGCGACACUAUAUAACCACUGACCUGAGCUCUACGUGUUCAGAGGAGAAGAAGCUCCUCCUCACUUUGUACAAAAUCUGCGUAAAAGUUAUGACUGCACUCCAGGAUUCAAUCUAGCAUGUGACUCUUCUCAAACCUGAACCUGCAUCAUGUAUUUACACCAGAGUGAGUCCACUCUGACGGUUUUGAGUCCCGUAUCUGGCUCUCAAAUUACCAAUCAAGUUUUGAAGAUAAAUGAUAUAAGUGCUUCUGUAGACAACAAUAGUUUUUUUAUUUUGUUUUUGUUUUUUUUUGUGUGUGUUUCUAUGAAGAGGGAGCUCUCGCUGUCUCCCUCUGGCUCAGAUUGAAACGUCCUCCUCACAUGAGCUCUCUUUAUUCUGAAAACCUGAAGGAAUGUAAUCUGUAUAUUUCAUUGUUGAUAGUCAGCCCUUUAUAUCUGCUUUUAUCAGUGUUGCUUUAUAAAAAAAAUUAUCCUAUUAUUAUUGUAUUACUACCAUUGUUUUUACUGUUACUCAUCGUGUUGUUUUGCUUUUUUUUUUUUCUUUUGAUUUGGGGGGUCAUUAAUGUAAGAGGAUGCACUGCAACCGUGUUCGAGGAAUGUUUGUGGCACAGGUCUUCACAAUUUGUUAAAAAAAAUGAGAGGUGUUUAAAAUGAGGGCGACUAAAAUGUUGUGUAUAAAAAUGUUUUGCUCACAAUCUUAUUUAUUAACAGGUUAAUUAGUUCCAGCAAGGUUUGAGUUACUGCGAUGUAUAUUUUGUCAAAAGCUGUUCAGUGCAUUUUGAAACCAUCUUGGGACUUUUUUUAAGAUAAAGGCUAUUUUUGUUCGGUCAUGAGAUGACUUAACUGCUUUGGAUGAUACUCCAAUAAAGAUUUUAAUUUUGAAGAACGUUUCUUGAGCAGCUA